UGGAGACUACAUAAGGAGCACGAGCUCUAAUGGGCAAAUUGCCAAAGUCUGCCUACUAAAAUUGUGGGUAUUAAGCUUUUUUUUUCUACCACUGGCGUAGCUCAUGUUGUAUGUGUACCGCUCUGAAAAUAGCAUCAUAAAUAUACGUGAAGUAAGCAAGUAAAUAUUAACCUUUAAUUUGUACGUAAAUAAUAAAUAUUGGUAAAGCUAAAAAUUGACAAAAUAGAAAUUUUAAAAAAUCAAAAAUGGGUAGAGUUUGUGCUGUUAAAAAUUGCAAUAGUGGGAGUGCAGCUGAUAUAAAAAGACGACGUGAAUUGAAUUUAAAAAAAUCAACGUUUUUCAAAGUGCCCAAGAGUCCAACAAAGCGUCAAAAAUGGAUAGACUCUUUAUCCACAGAAUUAAGUACUCACCAAUAUGUUUGCGAUUUGCAUUUUCAAAAUAAUGAAAUUAAAGACUGUUAUAUCACACAUUUACCAAGUGGAGAAAUAAAUCUGCUCAGUAAAGGUCGAAUAACACUCACCCCAGGAUCAGUACCUUUGAUAGUGAAUGAGACACGAUCUCCCAUGGUUGAAGACUGUGGAAAACAAGUUGAUUCAAUUGACAUGUCUGCUGAUUUUGAAUUACAUUAUCAAGAAGAUCAGCAGCAACAGCGACAGCAGCAAACAAUUGUGCAUCUUAUUUCGGGAAAAUCUUCGAAUGACUUGUCAAAAGAUUAUGAAUUACUUUUAGAACAUGAACAUGAACAAGUGCAGCAUCAGCAGGAGCAACAGCCACAGCAACAACAAGAAAUCGGAAAACACCCGGAAAAAUCUUUAAAUGGCUUGUUAGGAAAUACUAAGAUACUGGGAGAACAUAAACAAGAACAGCAGCAACAAGAAUUUGAAUUACAAUUUUCUAACGAUGAAAUGAGUAUAGAAACCAUAAGGCAACCAAAAUUAUUAAGUAAUGACAAUGAUCAGGUUGAUAAAAAUCUUACACAGUGUAGAUUAGCUGUAAAGAGAAGAUUGAGUUAUCCUGACGAUAAUGUAACAAUCAAGCGUCAGAAAAAGUUUGAGCAUGAGAUAGAUUGUAACCAUCAAAUAAACCUUAGUAAUGAUGCGGAAGUUCUGAGUAUUAUCGUUGCAUUGAACAAACAAUUUCCAAUUGCUUGGACCUUUGUUCCUGGCAUUAAUCAACUGAUCGCCAUUCAAUUUGAUCGUGUCAAAUUAAAAGAGCGAGUAAGACUAAUAAUAAAUGAUGAUCAGUCUGUCUUGGUCACAUAUUCAGAGCACUAUAAAAAAAAAAUUGACUCACAAAUAAAAUCUGUCAAUGAUUUAAUUAACUUUAUAAAGAGUAUGGAGUUAAAAAAGUUAUGCACUGGGACAGGAUUUGAUUUAAAAAAUUUUUCAUUAAAAUGUCAGGGUGAUGUGAGCGAUAUUUAUAAACGAAGCCAAGCUACACCACGAUGUCCUGAGUGUCGGAAACUUCGUGUGAGGUUGCUCAAAUUAAAAAAAGGUCAAAGGCUUAAUAUCGCGGACAAGACAGAAGUAACUUCUAAAGCUGUCAAUUUAGGACUUGUUAUAAAAAGAAAGCGCAUUAAGCGACAGCUAGAAUCGUGUUCAUCGAAAUUACGUGAAAUCCAAAGGAAAACCAAAACCAUUUAUAAAGGUGAAUUUAAUAAAAAACUUUCUUUAUUACCAAAACAGCAGCAAAUAACGGUAAGGAUGUGUUUUGAGAAUGCUAGUAAAAAAGGCCCAACUGGUAGACGAUAUGAAGUAGAAUGGAUUUACGAAUGUCUUCUAAUUCGUAUGAAAAGUACGUGUACUUACAACAUGAUACGAGCAAGAAAUAUAAUACCUUUGCCAACGAUUGAUACAUUAUCUAAGUAUAUUGAAAAGAUAAGUUCGUCGAUUUUUGGAUUUCUGCCUGAAACUUUUGAAGUUCUUCGAAAAAAAGCAUCAUCAAUGACUCCUGAAAAUAGAAUAGGUCAAAUAUCUGCUGAUGAGGUAAAGCUUAUGGAAAAUAUAGAGUACAACAAAAAAAUUGCUGAGUACACUGGUUUUGUUGAUCUUGGAAAAUAUACAACUGAGUCUGAUAGAGAUGUUGCUGGAGAUCAUGCUCUUGUUUUUAUGUUUGUGCCGUAUCGGGGUAGUUCUGCUCAACCUCUGGGAUGUUUCACAACUAAAAAUUCAAUAACGAGUGAAGUUCUUCAUAAAUUAUUUUUAGAGUGUAUUAUCCUUGUUGAAAAUUCUGGCUUUCACGUGAAUUCGAUAGUAACUGAUGCUGCUCAAUGGAAUAGAGGUGUUUGGACGAAAUUGGGAGUUGGGCCCAAUAAUAACAGUUGUGAGCAUCCAUGUGACUCUAGUCGUAGAUUAUGGGUGAUAUCCGAUUUUCCACAUUUAGUAAAGUGUUUUAGAAAUGGGUUGGUUGAAUUGGAGGAAUUUGAGACACCUGUAGGAGUUGUUAAAAAAAAAUAUUGGCAAAAUCUUUUGCUAGUAGAACAAUUUGAAAAGCCAAAUUUGGCUAUGGCUUACAAUCUCACACCAGCCCACCUAGAUCCCAAACUAUAUCAAAAGAUGUCUGUUCCUUUGGCUUAUCAGUUAUACUCACGGGAAGUUCGUUGCGCAAUGACGGUUUUAAGAGAAAAUGGCAAUGAAAAAUUUGAAGGAUCAGAACCCACUGAAAAAUUUAUUAAAAUUAUUGAUGAUGGUAUUCAAGCAAUGACUUCCCAUGAUGCUAAAAAUGCUCUGUACUUUAAGGAUACUUGUGAACAACAACAGAUUUAUUCCAGCUGAUGGCGGAUUUGACUGCUUCAAUUGUAUUCUGUUUUUAUGAAUACUUAAUUAGGAAUCAAUCAACAAAAUCAUUAAAACCAAGGAGUUAAAGCAAAAUUCAAUCUAUUCAAUCACUUUUCCUGUUUUCAGUGGAUUUUAAAACUUUUCAUCGUUGAAUGAAGGACUGAAAAAUACAAAUUGGAUGGGAGUAAUAACACAAAAAUCACCCAUAAUCGAUGCUGGCUGGAGAUAAUAAAUUAUAAACAAUACUAACACCUUAUAUUACACUACUAUUCGCAUUACUAAUUCCUAAACGCUUUUUGAAAUUUAUAUCCAAGUAGAAUAGUUGCUUAUUAUUUUUAUGACGCUUUCAAUUAUUACUUUUAUCCUCGAAAUAUUUUUAACAAUUUAUUUACAUGUUUUUCUCUGUACAUAAAUAUUUUCCACAUUUUCAUUUCCUUCAACUGUUUAACUUUUUACCUGUAACACAGGCAAUUCGGACUUUAUUAAAGUUUUUAGAAGAUUGGGAAAAAA